UUAGCAAAUAAACAUCGCGGCUUGGAGAAAACACUUAAAAAACAAGGGUGAUGGGCAAACCCACAACCAGAUAGGUAGUGGAAACCUGGCCAACCACCACUUUGAAGGAAGCCUCAGAAGAACUGCUCCACUUAGCCAAAGGCAUUCCCUGACAUCCUUCGACGAGGCCUGCAUGGGGACAGAAAAAUGGUCGGGUGCAGGAGAAAGAAACUAUUUCAACUGCUGUUUGAAGUAUUGGUGUGUCCAGCUCAACAGUUACAUUCUCUGAGCCUGCGGGAACUUCCGAAUUGAGCUCAAAAAGGAAUGGAAAUGAAUCUAGUGCUGAACCUGCAAGAUCGUUAUCUAAACACGGGGCUAAUCGAUCGUGAUUGCCACGCGAUCGCCUGAUAACCAUCAAUAAUUAUGGGGUUGCCACAUGCCGACCACCCUUGAUGGACCCUUGACCUUGAACAGAAAACUAACCUCCAUUUUAAACUGUUAAUAAUAUAAGCAUUCACGUCCAUUCAAGUUAGCACUAUGCUAAAGUAAUUGCACGAUUAAUUUCUAUAGCUAGGUUUAAAACUUGGGACGAACAAAAUUGAGCAUUAUCACCAUGUCUUUAAGGGUGGAUUUAGCUAAAAAGUAUCCUAUGAAGGAUUUCGAGAAAAAAGAGUCAAAAGUGAAGCAGUCGGGACGUAGGCGUGCAGUUCAAGACUUCUGCAAAGACACGACGCUACAUGGAUUUAAAUAUUUGACAUCUGAAAACUAUUACGAUCGCGUGGGCUGGCUGAUCUGUUGCUGCGCGAGCGCGUGCUGCGCCGGCGUGCUGUGCUCGGUGCUGUGGGCGCGCUUCCUGCAGGUGCCGGCGCUGCUGACGCUGCAGGACCUGCGCGGCCAGCUGCUCGAGGUGCGCAUGCCGCUCGUGGCCGUGUGCCCGUCCGCCGAGACCGUGGCCUACUACUGCCUGCACAAUCUGUCAAUACCUGAAAACGUAACGGAUCGCUUGCCAAUUGCACUUAGCCACGUGCUGCGAAGAAAAAAAACUCCAAUUGAGCAUUUUCUGAUCCUCGAAGAAAUACUCGUGAAAAACAACCUGACGUUACCACAAGCCUUGAUGAGAGUCACUCCGCCAUGCCACAGUAUUGUGCUGAAUUGUCGUUGGCAAGGUCAUAUGAUGCCAUGCAAGUUGCUGUUUAGGAAGGAAUUGACUGAUUGGGGGGCCUGCUGUGUUUCCAGACCUUACAACCUCAGUUCAAACGAAAUAACAGCAGCACGAUUGGAAGUGACCAGGAGACUCAGCAUAUCUGUGCAGUGUUCAGACCAGUCUGCAUUUAACAGUUGUGAGUUUUUCACAAAAUUCGACGGUGAGGAAUGGAUUCAACCAAUGCCGUUGACUCCAGGAUACAACUACCUCGCGCAUAUUACAUUCACGUCCUUCGAAGACAGUGAUUCAGAGAAAAUCACGGAGGGAACCUGUGUGUCUACUCCUGGAUACUCUAGGAACAGAUGCUUGCUAGAGUGCAAGGAGCGACACUGUGGCUGCUCGGAGCCGCUGCGGAGCGCGAGCCGCGGAGCGAGCGGCGCGCUGCCUCCCUGCUCCAUCACCCAACUCGCCUGUCUGAGGACUCACCAUUUUGAAAAGAAUGACUCUUGCGUGUGUCUCCCAGCGUGCAAGAAAGUAUUUACAUACAUGGCCCUGGAAUCCAGCCCUAUGAACGCGUUCGAAUAUACUAAUGACGAAAUAUACGCUGGUCUCAACGCCAGCAUCAGCUCAGUGCUGCGGAUAGCGGUGCGGCUGAGCGAAUCCCGAUUAUUUGUGGUUAAUUCCACGGAAACUUGGAUCACAUUGCUUUCAUCCCUGGGCGGCGUGUUCAACAUGUUCCUCGGCGUGGGUCUGUUCAGCGCGCUCGAGGUGCUGUUCCUCGUGUUCGUGCGGCUUCCCAUUGCCGUCCGCAGGUCCUCCGACAUGAAGCACUCUGAUAUGUAACGCUGGUUGAAACACGCUUGUAACAAUAAAAUCUUUCGACAUACCUA